AUGCCUACUGAAGUUGAUUCUUCACUCAAUCCUAAUUCAGCUUACUAUCUCAGCAACAAUGACCUCAAUACUUCAAAAUUGGUCAAUUUAGUGUUUGAUGGAAAGUGUUUCAAUGACUGGAAAAGGUCUAUGAUGAUAGCAUUGUCUGCUAGAAACAAAUUGUGCUUUGUUGAUGGAACAUUGGAUCAACCAGCAGCAAACUCUCAAGAUUUCAGAAUCUGGAACAGGUGUAAUGACUUGGUGAUCUCAUGGAUGUUAGGAUCUCUUGAAGUUUCGAUUGCAAGAAGUGUUCUAUACCUCAAAACAACAAGAGAUAUCUGGUUGGAUCUUGAAGAAAGAUUUUGUCAAUCAUCUGGUCCUCAAUUGUUCUCAGUCCAGCAGAAAUUAUGUAAUUGUACACUCACACAAAAACUCCUGAAAUCUCAGGAAAAUCAAAGGUUGAUUCAGUUCCUGAUGAAACUGAACAAAAAAUAUGAUCACUCCAAAAGCACUAUCCUCAUGAUGAGUCCACUUCCAACAAUUUCAAAAGCCUAUGGAUUAUUGCUUCAAGAAGAACAACAGAAAGAAGUAAAUAGCAACAGAAAUCACAACUUGGAAUCCACUGUGUUUACUGCAAGAAAGUUCACUGAUAAUAGGACUUAUAAGUCCAAUUAUGGUUCCAAUUCUGGCACACUGAAUACAGGUGGAAAUCAGACAAGGAAUUUUACUUAUAAUAGGAACAACCUGUUUUGUGAACAUUGCAGAAUGAAAAACCAUACAGUUGAUAAAUGUUGGAAGCUACAUGGAUAUCCUAAGGAUUUUAAAGGCAAAGGCAAAAGAGUAGCAGCAGCAGCUCAACUAGAAGAAUUUACUGAGAAGGAAAGUGGAAAUGAGAAAGCUGCUAACCAAGCUGAACAUUCUGGUUCUGGUUCUCUUGGCUUAGCAACUACAACUCAAUUGAGAGGUACAUUAUGUAUCUUUUCUAAAUUCAAAACUAAGUGGAUUCUAGAUAGUGUUGCAAGUGAUCACAUGUGUUCAAAUAAAAGCAUGUUCAGCAAAUUAGAAUCUGUUGAUGACAAGAAUCACACUAUCACAAUUCCUGAUGGUACUGAAUUACAGGACCUUUCCAAGAACAAGCACAUUCUUCUUGGUAGAUUGGACAAAGGCCUGUAUUGCUUAAAUGAAGAAUUGUUGACAUCUGACAACAAAACAAAUGUUAAAGGCAUUGAUGUAAAAGGUUGCCUAGCUGAAUGUUUUUGUCAAAUUUGUCCAUUGGCAAAACAAACAAGGUUUCCCUUCUCUGUUAGUAGCAUUAAGUCAGUGCAGCCAUUUGAUUUGUUACAUGUAGAUGUGUGGGGACCAUAUUCUGUACAUGAUUCUUCUAGGUGUAAUCAAUUUCUUACAAUUGUGGAUGAUUACACUAGAAUGACUUGGACUCACUUAAUGAGAAAUAAAACAGAUUCUGUUAAAAUAAUGACUGACUUUCUUCUGUAUGUUGAGAAUCAAUUUGGUUCCACAGUGAAAUCAGUUAGAUCAGACAAUGCUCCUGACUUAACAGAAGGUGCAAUGAAGGAACUGUUUCUUAGCAAAGGAUUCUACAUCAGAAAAGCUGCAGCCACACACCUCAGCAAAAUGGUGUAG